AAAACACCAUUGAUGAACGCUGUAGACCUCAAUACCAUAAAAUAUCUUCUGAAAAAUGGGGCAGAUGUAAAUAAGUCCAGAGCAUUAAUCAAUGCCAUCUCUGAAACUUACUUUCAAUCUGUGUCAGAAAAACACAAUAUCACUGAAGAAAAGUGCUUCCAAUAUGUUGAAAAAAUUGUAAAGACGCUCAUAGCUAGCGGUGCUGAUGUCAAGAGCGUUGACUAUAGAGGCAAAACUGCUUUGCUUUGUGCAGCCGGAGUCAGUGGAGCAAAGAAUAUUUUACAGUGUUUACUGGCCAGUGGUUCUAAAGUUAAUCAUGUUGAUAGCGACAACAAUUCAGCAUUGUACAUAGCAGUUGCAGAGAACUGUUUUGAAAAUGCGACUAUGUUGAUAAAAUCAGGUGCGGUUGUAAAUCAGAGGUGUAGAUCCGAUCUGACUCCAUUGCACAAAGCUGUUAAGAUAUCUGAAGCUAUGGUAAGACUUCUUUUAGAAAAUAACGCAAACGUGAAUGUUAGCGAGAAGAAUGGAAUCACGCCAUUGUUGAAGUCUAUAGGAGAUGAUGACAAUUCUGAAGUUAUAGUUGAUCUGUUAAUCCAAGCUGGUGCCAGCAUCAAUCACCAAAACAUUUUCGGGGAGUCAGCACUUAUGAAAGCUGCGGGCAAUAUGUUUAGUUCACUUUCUUUUAAAUUACUUCUUCGAGCUCAUGCCAAUGUAAAUAUUGUCAACAAGGGCACAGGAAGCCCUAAAACUGCAUUAUCUAUAGUCCUCAACAAAUGGCAUCAUUCUGAUCUUAGUCAGUCGUUCGCGACGGAUUUACUGGAUCAUGGAGCUACCAUUCAACAUUUAGUGCCUGGGGUCAUCCAUCGGCUAAUCGCAGUUAAUGGCGAAACCUUAGUGAAGAGGCUUAUUUCUCAAGGACUGGGACCAGGUGAUUUACAUUUGACCUAUCUACCUGUUGAUUGGCCAGUAGCUAUGCCUGUCUCUCCUUUUGCUAUAGCUCUGGUGACAGAUAACACCCCCUUGAUAGAUUACUUCAUUGAUACCUGGUAUUUCACUAGGGGGGACUUAUCUAUACUUUCUGGAAACCCACAGAUCCUUCACUAUGUCGAAGAUGUUACUUGGAAUGGCCAUGCCAUCCUUAGUGAUAUUAUUUCCCAGCCGCUUUCACUUGCAACUUUGGCUUUUGUACAUGUUUCAUCAGCCAUUGGCUGUGGUGCAGACAGAGUGGCGAGAGUCAAGAAGACUGAGCUUCCAGUCCUGCUACAAGAAAAACUUUUGUUUCAUAAU